GCUGGGGGGGGGGGCGAUGUGAAGAGCUGUAAGUGCAGGGGGGAAAUUGGGAUGUAGAGUGUAAUUGCCCAAGCCUGACCUGACUGUUCUCCCCUCCGCUGGCUACGUCAGAAUGGACGCACGUCUUCAACACCUGGGUUUUAAGUCCUGUGAACGGCGGCACCCCCAGCUGCGUAGUGCCCCUAGCACCGCACUGCCUUGGGGGACGAUCGACCCUGCUGAGUCACUAACGCUACUUCCCGGAGGGCCUGGAUAUUCCUCCCAUCCAAGCCCUGGCACCCUGGGCAGAAUCCCACCCCUGCAGCACUCCUGGCAUCCCAGUUCUCCAUCCCCAGCCAGGUGGGGGAUGAGCAUAGCCUGGAGGCGUGGACAGGGCCUGCACACCUCUCGCCCCUCCGCUAGCUCCGUCACGCUCUGGGUGGGGGAUCGGAAAGGGGCUGGGAUUUCCAUCUGGCCAUCGCCCUACUGCGCUUUAGAUCCUCGGUCGGCCUGCUGCAGCGUGGCUCUGUCCUCGCGAGUCUAAAAAGCACUUCUGUGUAUCUUCCCCUCUGCUUCCUAGGUUUGGGAGGCCGGGAAGCCAGCAGGCCAAGCUGAGCCGUGGCAGUAGUUGAAUUCCCUGCAGCUCUUGCCCCCGCUCCGCUGACGGUGUUUCUGGUGCUGGUGCACAACCAGGGGAGGGAGCGGAAAGGCCGGGUUCAAUUCAGGCACCAUUAGAAAAGUGGGGAAGGGCUGGCUGGCUGCUUGUCCAGCUCCUGCGCUGUGCUGGGUGCCGAAUGUGAGAGCGUAACACCAGGCCCCGAUCCUGAGAACUUCCAAUCCCAGUGACGGAGCCAAGGAGCUGGGAUGUGCCCGGGGCAAGGAUACUUUUGGAAACGUCCUUGUAUGUUUCCUAUGACGUCUUACUGUGGGCAUUGCCUGUAGGCCACUAGGAUCUGGGGCUUUCUCACCAUCUUGUUUCCACUCUGAUCCCAUGUGUCGGGAAGGGCUGUGUACUCUGUGUCUCUAGGGUACUGGUUCCAAUCCGGUGGAGUGGGGACUGGCUGGCUCGGGUAUGGAAUGGGACACGGGGCAUUUCCCCUCUAGGCGCCACCGGCGCCAAUCCAGCCCCAGGUUGGGAGAUUGGCUUCCAUUUCGCAGCUCGCCUGGGUUUGAAUCAGGUUGGUCACUGCCUUUGGGAGGCCCAGCGGUCCCAGACUUGUGUGUAACACACAGAUGUAUUUACCUAUGCCCAGCAGGACUGAUCUCCGCAGCCCCCAGACAGUCACCUCCACUGGCCCCCUUGCUGGGAGCCUCCACAGGAGCGAGGCCAGCCACUGAAUGGGCCAGUGCUGGCACUCGCUUCUCUUUGCCCAGGGGGUCGUUCCUGCCAGUCCUGACGCGUGGCUGGCCUGCUGUGGUCUGCUCCGUCCUCUGUCCUGGGUACUCUGUCCACCCCUUCCAGUGGCACCGAACUCACAGGGGGAAGCAAUUUGAAUUUGCCCAGUGGAAUAGGACACACUAAGGGACCUGCUCCCUCCGAGCUGCCCCUGGUGGGCUGCCUCCUUUAGGGAGGGGAUGAGCUGUGCAGGGAGGGGUGUGUGUGGAGGGUAGAGUGUGUAGUGUAGCCAGGCUGUGUGGGGUGCUCUGGGGCUGAGUCUCUGUCUCUCCACCCAGGUGCCAUGUCUGAUGUGCUAGUGGGAUUGUGAGAGUGCAGCCGUUGCUGCAGUGGCUGGAGCGAUGCUGCGCGGGGUCCGCCUGCUGCUGCUCUGCAGUCCUGCCUAGCCCAUGGAGGGUGCCUUGGAGCAGGUGAGCGCUGGCUGAGCGCAAGGCCUGCGGUCUGUGCGCCGGCCGAAGCUGUGCUGCUGCUGAACCGGCCCGAGAGCCAGCCAGGCCCCUGCGGUGAUUUGGAGGCAGAGCCCGACGCCCGUGAUGGUGGGAGCCAUUCCUCGGCAGCCGCGCCGCUUCUGGGGGGUGCCCGGAUGGCAGGUGUCUCCAGCUAGCUGUGCCAACGACCGUCUGCUGCUGGGGCAGGAGAGCUGCUCGGCGAGGGGUGGGUGAUGCGGCGCUGCAGUGCACUCCGUAGCGGAGGGCUUGUCCGGAGGGAAGGGGUCUGACACACCACCCCCUUUCUUCAGCCCCGUGACCUCGUGACACCGUACCCCCUUCCCUGCCGCUUUAUGGGCUGUUUCGUCUUUGGCUCUGGUUGGGGUCCAGCCCGCUAAGGCUCCAUGCGGCACAUCCAUGCUGAGGCGUCCCUCCCCCAGGAGCAUGGCACGGACUCGGGCCUGUCCCGGCCAGGCGGCCAGGCGGCCUUGGAGCCCGCCCCAGAGCGCUGCCCCCGCCGCAGCAUCGUGAUGGGCUACAACAAGACAGAGAUCAAGCGCCAGAAGGUUUACCAGGUCUCCAUCUUCUCCCACCUCUCCAGCUCCUCCGAGCCGGCAGACCAGAGAGCCGGGGGUGGGCGGCAGGCCAUCAAGAGAGGGUACCCAGAGCAGUGGGCUCCGGAGGCUGGGCGGGAUCCCAAGCGAGCCCACUGGGGGGGUACGGGGGCUGAGGCCAGGCAGGACGGGGUCCCUGGGGAGCUGCCCCCUGGCCAGGACUCCCCAGACGAUGACGCCUUGGAGGACGGGCUGCUGGUGGAGGAGCUGUCCCUUUGCGGCUCGGCCCAGCACUUCUCCCACAGCGGCCUACGAGUGGUGGAGCACCGAUGUGAAGGCAGCCCUGGCCGGGCAGGGGCCCGGGAGGGCAGCCCCAGGGCCUGCAGAGAGGACAGAUUGCGGGAGGCUGCCUCCUCCUGGCCACAGCACACAGCUUGCAGCACUUUGCACAUGAGAGACAGUCGCCCUGCCCAGCUUGGGGAUGGCCCGCUGGGGAGUCCCCGAGCCUGUGGCUCAGUGGGGGGCAGGGAGUUCCCCUGGCUGGCUGGAGCCAGGGAGCAGCCUGUGGAGGGGAACGGGGCCCAGAGGGAGGAAAGGGCUAGCAGCCAAAAUCUACUUGACAUUGAUUUGCACAAUAUUGCACAAAAAUCCUGGGCAGCCUCGGGUGGGAGGGGGGAGGAGCAGCCAGGGGGCAGCCCCGCCCACAGCAACGGGGCUGGUAGAGAAGGGGAGCCGCUGACUGGGCACAAGGAGCCCAGCACCCCACGGGUGGUCCCGGACCCCGAGAGCAACGGCCUGGGCUCCUUGGAGAAAACGCCCUGUGUGGGCAGCAGGCUCCCCGGGGCCGGCGGGGGUAGCUGCGCGGCUAAGAGGAAGCUGCUGCCCUCGGGCGAAGGCGUGGCGGACUCGUGUUCGGAAGACGAGAGCGUGGUGCCGGCGAGGAAGAAGAGGGUCCCGCUGUGCCACCCCAUCCUGACUGCCUGCCGCAGCACGGACGCCAAGGGCGCCCCCUUCUGGAACCACCUGCUUCCAGGAGCCAAGAGCGCAGCAGGUGGCACUGCGGUGGGGCGACGGCUAAAGCGUGGGCUGCGCCUGAAAUCGAGACAUCUCCGCAGCAGUCUCCGGAAGGGGCCUGUGGGCACCCGGCCCUCUGCAGCUUCCUGGGCCACCACCUCCAUCAGCCAUGCUCUGCUGGGGAACUUUGAGGAGUCCAUCCUGAAGGGGCGCUUCGCCCCGUCGGGCAGGAUUGAAGGGUUCACCGCGGAGAUUGGGGCCAGCGGCUCCUACUGCCCCCAACACGCCACCUUACCCGUCGACGUGACCUAUUUCGACAUCUCGGAACACAGCGCACCCUCGCCUUUCCUGGGAGUGAUAGACUUGGAAGCCUUGGGAAAGAAGGGGUACAGCGUCCCCAAAGCUGGAACCAUCCAAGUGACCUUAUUUAACCCUAACAAAACUGUGGUGAAGAUGUUCCUGGUGACGUACGACUUCCAGGACAUGCCAGCCAACCACAUGACCUUUCUGCGUCACCGCAUCUUCCUGGUGCCCGUGGGGGAGGAGGGGCCCGGCGAGACACCCAGCGACCCAGCCGGCGCCAGCCCGCCCAGGAGGGUCCUCUGCUACCUGAUGCACCUGAGGUUUCACAGUUCCAAGUCGGGCAAGAUCUACCUUCACGACGACAUCCGGCUGCUCUUCUCCCGCAAGUCGAUCGAGGUCGACUCGGGGAUCCCCUACGAACUGAAAUCCUUCACGGAGAUGCCAAGGAACCCCUGCUACUCACCCCGGGCCUGAGCGCGGGGAGCCCCACGCCCCCCUCUCCACCCUCACCCCUGCACUUCGUAGACAAGUAAAGGGCAAGAGAGCGGAGCCGUCUCCUCCCCCAGAGGUGGGGUGGUGAGGCACAGACACACCCCUCCCUUGACAGCAGCUUCGCGCCUGUGCCAGAGUGAGCACGAGGCGGGGGGGGAGGGGAUGGGAUCACGGAGAUGGCUGCAUGGCGUGAGCAGGAGCUGGUGCGCUGGCUCCUGUGCCCCCAGCGGGUCAGAGACGCCCCAUGGCCUCUGGCAGCACAGCUCCAAGCCGUGCCCUUCAAGGGAGGCUCGGGGGCAGGUGGGGCUCAGACUGGGCGGAGCGGAGCUGGCUCCCAGGCUGUGGGGAGGGAUGGAGUGGAUGUCCGCUCUCAGAGGGGGAGGUACUGUAUUUAUUUGUAUUUAUUGUUGGUGGGGAGCCAGGAUGGAGGGUCCACGGUGUGGCUCAUAACCCAGCCUUGAUCACAAGUGCAGCAAGUUUGACGGGCUCUGCUCGUGGUGCCCUGUGCAUGUCGCAUGCCCAGCUGCGCGGCCCAGCACGACAGCAGGAACUGAG